UGUAACCCAUGUGCCAUCUUUGGGACAAGCAUGAUAUCAAGGAAGCAGCAGCAUAUAAUCAUCCCAGCAAUGUGAAAUUUGGAGGGGUUAUUUACAAUUUAUACUAUGUUGGUGAAUCCUUCAAAAUGUUUAUAACAUAUUCAUAUACAUUUAUAGUCAGGUUAAGGUGUCACCAUACUUCAUUUUUUCAUAACAGGAUUAUUUUUAUUCCUAUACUGCUCUUUCUACCAUAGUGUGGUGGAAUAUAAUUUAGAUUCCCAGGAGGGAAGGGCUGCACUCUAGAGGAGCAAGAGAGAGCACAGCUUAGUUAGUUUGGUUGGGAUGAAAAGGUCAAGAAAGCUUCUCCUUAGAAGUUCUCAGUGUAUAUCUUUAAUGAUGCAAGUAGUCUGCUUUAGUCGGGCAAGAUUCUAUCGUCAGUGAGGAACAAUAAAGGAAACUGCUUAGAAGUUUCUCUGCGUGUUUUUUGGAGUCUAAUACAUAGGGAAUUCAAAGCAAUAUGUUUCUGAAACAAUGUCGAGUAUUAUAUUUGUUGCAAGGUAUUUAUUAGAGCAACAGUCAUUUAUGCUAGAACACCAAGACUCCAAUAACUACUUGAGGCUACUGAAAUGACACUGGUUCUGUGUUUAAUAUUUUAUAUUAAGUGCUUUGUGAAAUGAGAUCUUAUGCUGAAGAUCAUUAUUAGGUUGCUUAGCUAGAGGAAACAAUCAAAACCUGUUAUCACUGUAUGAGGUAGCAUAAUGGGUGAUUUAUUGUUCCUGUAGAAAAUGUAGAUUAUUGUUGCAUAAGUGCUGACACGUCAUUUGGCUUUACUACAGCACUAGAGACUGCACUGCACUGAAAGCAUUUGUCUUUUUACAUUACUUUAUAUGAGCUGUGGGAAAGUUGUCAUUUGGACCUAUUUAACUUUGGAUCUACUGCUUAUACUGAAAAAUGAACAUUUUUCAUAAACUUCAAGUUUGAUGUUUACUGAAGAAGAAUAUCGGCAUGAAAGAAUGGGUCUGGCAAGUUGUGACUGCACAAAUGUUGAGGUUUUCAUUUUGUUUUGAACUUGUACAGCAACAGAUACCAGUUGGUAUAUUUUAUAUACCUUAACCACAAGACUGAAUACUGUUUCUCGUAUCUGUUUGGGAAUCAUGGAAAUUCAGAAAGAGGAGCUUGUUCUUGAAAAGUUUUUUUCCUGCUUGCUUUUCCACCUUAACAGGUCAGAGGGAGAUAUGACAUUUUAGGGCUAAAUUGCAGAAAGAGUAAUUCCUCAAGGAAACUGGUAACAGAGAUCUUUUCCCAGUGCAACAAGUGGUCAUGUUUUAGAAGGUGAUUGUCAAGCUAUGUCUACCAACUUAAAAUACCUUUCUUUGAGCAUAUUAGUCUUUCAGACAACUAGUUUGGUGUUGACUAUGCGCUAUUCUAGGACACUGAAAGAAGAAGGACCUCGCUAUUUGUCUUCAACUGCAGUAGUCAUUGCUGAACUUUUGAAAAUUACGGCUUGCAUUUUGUUGGUUUACAAAGACAGCAAGUGCAGCUUGCGAACUCUGAACAGAGUGUUACAUGACGAAAUUCUUAACAAACCAAUGGAAACACUUAAACUUGCUAUUCCUUCUGGGAUUUACACUCUACAGAAUAACCUGCUCUAUGUUGCUUUAUCAAAUCUAGAUGCAGCCACUUACCAGGUCACAUAUCAGCUGAAAAUCCUCACAACUGCAUUAUUUUCUGUGUCGAUGCUCAGUAAGAAAUUAGGUGUAUAUCAAUGGCUUUCAUUAGUGAUUCUGAUGGCUGGUGUUGCAUUUGUACAGUGGCCAUCAGAUUUGCAGACAACAACAACUAAAGAACUUUCAGCAGGAUCACAGCUUGUGGGCUUGGUAGCAGUACUUAUAGCCUGCUUUUCUAGUGGAUUUGCUGGAGUGUACUUUGAAAAAAUUUUGAAAGAAACAAAACAAUCAGUAUGGAUUAGAAAUAUUCAGCUUGGAUUUUUUGGUAGUAUAUUUGGAUUGAUGGGCGUAUACAUUUAUGAUGGAGAACUUGUAUCAAAGAAUGGAUUUUUUCAAGGUUAUAACAAGCUUACUUGGAUAGUUGUAGUUCUUCAGGCACUUGGUGGCCUUGUUAUAGCAGCUGUUAUAAAAUAUGCAGACAAUAUUUUAAAAGGAUUUGCAACAUCGUUAUCGAUUAUAUUAUCAACAUUAAUAUCAUACUUCUGGCUUCAAGAUUUUGUCCCCACAAGUGUGUUUUUUCUUGGAGCUGUUCUGGUAAUAGUUGCUACUUUUUUAUAUGGUUAUGAUCCAAAGCCAACAGGAAAUCCUACUAAAGCAUAACAGACUUUUCCAUGUCACAGUAUUUUGCCAAUAUUGUGGAAAAAGGACUUCUAAAUACUGUUGGAGGAUUAUCAGGCACUGAAAGAGUUUGUACUGUAUCAGAAGAAUGAUGUUUAAUAAUUAAAUUUGUAAAACAACUUCUGUAAAAGAAGGGAAGUCCAGAGCAAAACUUGAAUGUCUUGCUUCUAGAAUCUGGAACUAGAAGUGCUUCCAAUUUGAACUUUGAGGUUAAAUCCAAAUGAUGUACUAUUUUCACAGCUGCAGGAAUGUCCUAUACAUUCUUCUUGCAAGAACACCUGGCAACAUCUGUUAAAUCAUACCUCUUUUGCAAGUUAUUUCAUCUUUUCUAAUUUUAUAUGAAUGCAGAUCUGUAUAUACACACACACAUACACACAACAAAUUAGAAAUCAAAGAGGUGUAAAAUUUUAUCCUACAGUAGUUUUUUCCAUACCGAUGUCCUCUGGGUGUGUUGGAGUUUGGAUUUUAUAACCUACCAAACAAUAAAUUCACCAAGCUGGCUGGAAAUUUAUGGAAUCAAAGUAUAAUAUAUCUUGAGGAAAAUUUGUUUGGGGCAGAAGGUUUGAUGAUGAUGUUUCUGGUAAGUAUUCUUGUUCAAAACCAAUGAAGUAUCACUGAAUCAUUGUUUGUAGAUUUAUAAUAUUUUAUAUAGAAAAUAAUUAAUUCACUGAAAUUGAUGUUGUAAAAUGUACUGAUGUAAAUGUCUCGUUAUAAUUGUUGGUGAAGUCGCCAAGAGGAGGAAUUUGAUAUUUUCAUUUGGAAGCUUUGUGUGUAUGAAUGCCACAAAUUAUAUUGUUGCACCAUGCUCAGUUGUUAAAAUGAGACCCCUCACCAAUUAGAAGCAGCAUAGCUACAGUAUCUGGUACUUGUUCUACAUUAGAUGAAUGUCAUUGUACAUUGCCAUAACUGAUAGAGUAUGUGUUUUUUUGUUCAGAGAACAAUUUCUUUACUUGAUAAGAACAUUCUUACAAUUUAUGGACCAUUCAUUUCAUUGCUUAAUAUCUUAAUCUGAAAAUAUUUUUAAACUGUAUUUUUAAAAGUAGUCAUAUAACUCUAUAAAAAGUAUUAAGAGUUCCUUUUGGAGCCACAGUAGUAUACUGUAUUAAUGUGUAUAUUGUGUACUAUAAUAUAGAGCUUUAAAAGAAAAUCUGGAAAACUUAUUUAACUCAAGUGGCUCUGUCCAGUCUUGAAAUUCCAUUGUUAGAAUACAUGCUAAUUGUAUUUACCAUUAAAUGAAGAAUGUUAAUGUGCAAUAAAUAUUAGGCAUGAAUUGUUCAGGUGUGUAAGCAGAAAUGGCCAUAAAGCCCAGUGGGACUCUCUCUACUCUUCAUUGAAUAUAAAACUUGAAAUAACUUCUAAGCUUCGGUCCAGGUAAUUGCUUUUGAUGCGGAAGAGCUUCACUGGCAGUGGGGCAAUUCUUUACAGGGCUGUAGCCACACCCGUAGAGAUGAUAUCCAGACUAUUCUGGAAUGUUGAAAUAUUUAUAUUCCAAGAACAUAAGAUAGCGAUAGGUUCUGUGAAAGCGGUUUGUAUACAUUUGCUUGAAUAAUGGUAGUACAUCAUUGAAAUCCUCAUGGAAAUUGCUGCUGAGAAAUUAUGAUUGUAAUCAUGGAAGUCAUACUGGCACUUUUGUCAUCCUCCAUGCAGAUGUCUGGAACAGCUGAGCUGCCUUGAGGUGGAACUCUUUUAUUUUUAACACAUUGUAGACCAGUCUGUCCUAAAUGCUUACAAAGUAUAUCACAAUAAAAUAACAUCUACCCUGCAUCUCCCUCUGACCCAUACGCAUCUAUGGUUCUUCUGAAACUUAAAACUCAUAGAAAAUAUAAUUGCGUAAUUAGACUAGGAAUUUUAUUUUUUUCCGGAACUUAGUUACACUAGAGGGG